AUGAAUCUCUACACUCAUAACCAGAAGAUGGACAAACACUUUGGUCCAAUGCGGUUUGUGUUUCUGUGCUCCUUUGUAUUUUGUUUGACAUUGUUUUUAUUGGAUUAUUUGGUUGUCAGUGAUACUCAAGCAAGCAAUUUCAAUGAAACUGAAAAAACCAAUCACUUAGAGAACAUCACCAUUGUCAACGAUAAUAUGGAUCGUUGUUGGGGCCAAUAUAUAUAUGUUUAUGAUCUUCCUGGCAGGUUCAAUGAGGAUUUGUUGAAGGGUUGCCACAGUCUGAUGAAGUGGACUGAUAUGUGCCCUUACGUCUCUAACUCAGGCCUUGGACAUAAGAUUUCCGAGAAACCAAAUGGAAAGGUGAUGUCUGAGGAUAGUUGGUAUGACACUAAUCAAUUUACACUAGAAGUAAUUUUCCAUAACAUAAUGAAGCACUACAAGUGCUUAACCAAUGAUUCUUCAUUGGCUUCAGCAAUAUAUGUACCCUAUUAUGCUGGCCUUGAUGUGGUUCAGUACCUAUGGGACUCUAAUGUUUCGACGAGAGAUGCUUCUCCAAAGGAACUAGUGAAGUGGGUGGCACAACAGCCCCAAUGGAAAAGAAAAUGGGGCAGAGAUCAUUUCAUGGCUGUAGGGAGGAUUAGUUGGGAUUUCAGGAGAAAAACAGAUAAUGAAUCUGACUGGGGAACCAAGUUUAUGUUUUUGCCAGAAGCAACCAACAUGUCUUUUUUGCCAAUUGAAUCCACUCAAAAUCCAACUCAAACUCAAACUCAGAGUCAGUUCAGUUUAUUAUAUGAUAAUGAAUUCUCAAUUCCAUAUCCAACCUAUUUCCAUCCUUCCAAGGAUGUGGAGGUUUUUGAGUGGCAGAAAAGAAUGACAAGAGUGAAGAGGCCUUACCUAUUUUCAUUCGUGGGUGCUCCCAGGCCUAAUUCUAAUUAUUCACAUUUUUGGUACAUCAGAAGUGAGAUUAUCAAACAAUGCCAAUCAUCUACGAGCUGCAAACUAUUAGGUAAAAAAUAUUGUCAUGAUCCUCUGAGUGUUAUGAAGGUGUUUCAGAGUUCCAUUUUCUGUUUACAGCCUCCGGGGGAUUCCUAUACGAGGCGGUCAACGUUUGACUCCAUUUUGGCGGGUUGCAUUCCUGUUUUCUUUCACCCAGAUUCGGCUUAUUCCCAAUAUUUGUGGCAUUUUCCCAAAAACGGUUCUGCAUACUCUGUAUUCAUACCAGAAAAGGAUCUUGUUGAGGAAAAAGGACGACCGAUCAAUGAGACAUUGUCACGAAUCCCUAUGAGGGAAGUAUUGGCCCUGAGAGAGCAAGUUGUAAGCCUUAUUCCGAGAAUAAUAUAUCGCCAUCCGAAUUCUAGACUGAGGAGCUUGGAAGAUGCGUUUGAUAUAGCAGUUAAGGGAAUUCUUGAGAGAAUAAAUAAAAUUAAUGUCAAGGAUUCUGUUGUUGGUUUCGGGGUAAACGGGGAUGCUCAGUGA